GAGAUAAAGUCAAAUAUGUGUCAUUGACUUGUGUAUACUUUUGUGAAUUCAUUAUAUACCUAUAUACGUAUACGUAUUUAAGUGCAUUUAUAAUAUAUAGUUCUAUUGUUGUAUAAUAUAAAAUAUUAAUAUGGUUUACCUGACACCCAUUGAGAGAGAUUUCAGUUGGCGUCAAAGGGUUGCAAAGGAAGUUCAAGCUGCAAAAGCGUAUCCGAAAAGAUGGGGUUGGGUAGGACAAGAUGUUCGGAAUAUGGAGAAACAGUUGAAUGAAAUGUCGAAGAAGUCGGAAUUCUUGAAAGAAGUUUUUACGGACAAGGAAGAAGAUAACAGAGAUAUCAGACCUGUUCCAGAAUCUAUGAAUCAUACCUAUGGUUGGAUCGCAAAUAAGGAAGAUUUCCAGAACAAGAUACCAGAUACAAUGAAGCUUUUAUCCCUCCCUUCGCAUUAUAAAUUGGUAAUACCAUAUGACCACCCUUAUUGGUGCUAUCUAAGAAGUUGAAGUAAUUGAGGAAGACUUCCUUUCAUUUAAUUUGUUUAUUGUUAUUUCUCAAAAAGUCUUGUUUUGAAUAAAUGGAAUUUCGCAGAAAA